AUGUUUGAUGUCGAAGAGACCCACAAAGCCCUAAAAGAUCAAGAUCAACAUGGAGAUGACUGGAAAUCUGUGGGGGAUAGAUUAGAGGAUAAGAUCUUCGACAUGAGCGAGCCCACGAGACAUGGUCAUAUACCUAUUCACUUCGUUGACCCAGAGGUUUGGCUACUUGAAAUCUUAGCCUAUAACCGACUCGUGCACCCACAGAACUUCGAUCUCGGCCUCGAGGUGGAAGAUGUGCAUCAGUUUCUAGCCUAA